AUGGAGCCGCAGGAACACGUCUCCUUGCGUCACGACCAGACCAAGAAAAUGGGAAUCGGAGAAUUCUCUGGCCCACUACCCUAUGCCCUCCUUCUCGGCUCCUUUAACUCGACACUGGCCCUACCCUAUAAGGACAUUCCACGUCCUGGCAAACUAGAGUUCAUAAGGGCAUUUAUGCCUGGUGGCGAAUUUCACGAUGCCUCCAUUGUGGAUUAUGCAGCUGCGAUGAGGAGUCGUUAUGGUGAUAUCUUCAUAAUGCCUGGAAUAUUUGGACGUAAGGAUUGGGUCACGACCUUCAGUCCCAAGGACAUAGAAAUGGUUUUCCGCAAUGAAGGAAAUUGGCCACAAAGAGAGACCUUUGCUUCGAUUUCCCAUUUUCGGACACAAAUAAGAAAAGAUUUUUAUGGAGAAAAUGUCGGUCUGGUAUCUGCGCAAGCGGAAUCCUGGGGCAAGAUGCGUUCAGCCUUCAAUCCAAUUUUCAUGCAACCCAGGGGCUUAGCAUCUUAUUACGAACCACUUUCCGAUAUCAACAAUGAGUUUAUUGAGCGUAUUAAAGAGAUACGAGAUGGAAAAACCUUGGAGGUACCUGAAAACUUUAUGGAGGAAAUCAGCCGCCUGAUAUUCGAUUCCCUUGGCCUAGUGGCGUUUGAUCGUCAAAUGGGCUUAAUCCGUAAAAAUCGGGAUAAUGCCGAUGCCUUACAGUUGUUUAAACUAUCGAAAGAGGUUAUCAGAUAUGUCUUUAAGUUGGAUUUCCAACCGUCGAUGUGGAGAUAUAUCUCAACACCAGCCUAUAGGAAAAUGAUGAAGAUACUUGAUGAGAGUUUGACUGUGGCCCAGAAAAUGCUGAAGGAAACACAAGAGUCCUUGGAAAUACGACGCAAGGCGGGAGAACAAAUAAAUAGCAAUAGUAUGCUGGAGCGGAUGAUGGAGGUGGAUCCCAAAAUGGCAAUGGUCAUGAGUUUGGACAUUUUGUUUGCCGGUGUUGAUGCCACAGCUAAUCUGUUGUCAGCGGUGCUACUUGGCUUGGCUAAGAAUCCGGAAAAACAAGGUAAACUGCGAGAGGAACUGCUGAAGAUUAUGCCUACAAAGGACACCCCUCUCAACGAGGAGACCAUGAAGGAUAUGCCCUACCUGAGGGCAGUGAUCAAAGAAGCCCUACGUUAUUAUCCCAAUGGAUUGGGUAACCUAAGAACUUGUCCUACGGAUAUUACCCUUUCGGGUUAUAAUGUUCCCAAGGGGAGCAAUGUGGUCGUGGCAUCUAAUAUUCUUUUUCAGGACAACAGCUAUUUCCCACAAGCUGAUAAAUUCCUCCCAGAACGCUGGCUAAGGAAUCCAGAAACUGGAAAGAAGACUCCCAUCAGUGCCUUUACCUUUCUGCCUUUCAGCUUUGGACCUCGAAUGUGUAUUGGCAAGCGAUUGGUGGACCUGGAAGUGGAGACAAGUGUUGCCAAGAUAAUAAGGAACUUCCAGGUGGAAUUUAACUACGAUGCCAGUCGCCCUUAUAAGACGUUCUUCUUAAUGGAACCAGCCAUACCAUUCCGCUUCAAAUUCAUCGAUAUCGAUCAUUGAAUUGAAAUUAAUAACCCCUUUCUUGUGAAAUACUGUAAAUAAAUAAACUUA